AGUCGAGGAGACCGAAGAAGUGGUGACGGGGCGGUCUUGUUUUUAUCGCCCGUCGCACGCAGCUCAUCUGCUGUGAAAAUGCGCAUCGAAAAGUGUUAUUUCUGCUCGGGGCCGGUGUACCCCGGGCAUGGGCAGAUGUUUGUAAGGAACGACUGUAAGACAUUCAGAUUCUGCAGGUCAAAAUGCAUCAAGAACUUCAAGAAGAAGCGUAACCCAAGAAAAACAAGAUGGACCAAAGCAUUCAGAAAGGCAUCAGGAAAGGAGUUGACUGUGGAUAAUUCUUUGGAGUUCGAGAAACGCAGAAACAUACCCGUGAAAUAUAACAGAGAUUUGUGGGAGAAGACAGUGGAAGCCAUGAAGAGGGUGGAAGAAAUCAAACAGAAACGACAGGCACGAUUCAUCAUGAACAGAUUAAAGAAGGGCAAACAGUUGGAGAAGGAAGAGGCCAUCGUCGAAGUGAAGAAAAAUAUUCACCUUAUCAAAGCACCACAUGCAGGAAAAGCCAAACAGUUGGAAGACAAGAUGGUGCAGAAGUUACAAGAAGAUGUGGACAUGGGAGAGGAAGAUAUUUAAUCUUGUACCCAGGGUUUUUUUUUUGUGGGAUAGAACUCAUGAGCAUGUUGACCUUGAUUUAAAUUGUACCUCUGUUUUGGAAUUUAAUUUUACAAAAGGCUGAUGAUGGACGCAGUAAAGUUUGCUGUACAGGAGCUGAGAGCAUUGGCCAAACAAAGAUCUCCAAACCUGCAGCAAUUAACCACUUAUCUCCCAGUUAUUGUUCUCAGAGUGUAAGUUUGGGCUGUAAAGAAUUUACUCAAUCCUGUUGCAGAGUUUUAUGUAUUGCAGUAAUACAGAAAAGAUAAACAAUAAAAAGUGAAAAAGUC